AUGGAGGGAGGAGAGGAGGAGCGCAGAGGAGAAGAGACUGAAACCUCCACCAAUCCGGGGAGAGCCUCGCCGAGAGGGGGAGGAGGAGGAGACACCUGCAGACAAAAUGGCCUCAUCAACACUCACAGGACGGGGGCGGAGCCUCGGGAGGCGCUGCUGUUGGUGUACUCAGCUCCUCAGUAUCAGGAGCACAUGGGGGUGAAUGCCUCCCCUCAGCAGGAGAGCCACAGUGGAGGAGGAGGAGGUCCUCCUCAGCUCCUGAACCCAAGUGCUCUCUUCCCCCAGCAGGUGGCGUCUGACCCCUCCCUCAGGCCUACCCCCAGCCUUCUCAUGUGCCCGGAGAGCGUCCUGCGGGCGUGGGGGGAGGCAGCAGGAGACUGCUGCGAGACCACCUUCAUCGAGGGGCUCGGUCCAGACCCCUCCUCCACAGCUGCUGCCGCCUCCUCCUCCACAAAGGAGGUGCUGCUGUUUGCUGACGGGAAGUUUCUGGACUUUUCUGGAGAGGAAGCAAAGAUUCACACGCUGUCGUACGACAUCGACGAUGAAGAGGAGUUCCAAGAGCUCGAGAGUGAUUACUCCAGCGAAUCAGAGAGUGAGGAUACCUUCCUGCUGAUGCCUCCCAGAGAUCACCUGGGCCUCAGUGUCUUCUCCAUGCUCUGCUGCUUCUGGCCGCUCGGCAUCGCCGCCUUCUACCUGUCGCAUGAGACCAAUAAGGCGGUGUCUAAAGGAGACUUCCACCUGGCGAGCUCCAGUUCGAGGCGGGCUCUCUUUCUGGCGGUGCUGUCAAUCACCAUUGGGACAGGUAUCUACGUGGGUGUGGCCGUGGCGCUCAUAGCCUACCUCUCCAAGAACCACCACUGGUAG